AUGGAUUUGACUUCUGUUCAGGACCUCAAGGGUGUUCUUCGCAGCGACUUCUUCCACGGCUAUGCCACAGCAGCCCCCCAAAUUGAGGGAGCCUGGAACAAAGAUGGCAAAGGCCUUUCGAUCUGGGACACCUUUGGUCACAAACCAGGAAAAAUCAAGGACGGCAGUACUGCGGACGAUGCAGUGCGGUCCUAUGACUUAUAUCGGGAGGAUAUCGCCUUGAUGAAGUCUUACGGAGUCAAUGGCUACAGAUUUUCUCUGUCCUGGUCGCGCAUCAUUCCUCUUGGAGGCGCAGAGGAUCCCGUCAACGAACAAGGUAUCAAAUUCUACCAGGAUUUGAUAGACGAAAUGCUCCGCAACGGUAUUACACCAUUUGUGACCAUCUUUCACUGGGAUGUACCCCAGGCUCUAGAGGACCGAUAUGGAGGCAUGUUAAACAAGGAGAAGUUCGUUCCUGACUUUGUUCGUUUCGCGCGCGUCUGCUUCGAGCACUUGGGCACCCGCGUGAAGUACUGGAUUACUUUUAACGAGCCCGGAGUGUAUUCACUAGCAGGGUAUGCAGCGGGUGUCCAUGCUCCUGGACGCUCGUCCUACCGCGAUCUCAAUGAGGAGGGCGACUCCUCUACAGAGCCUUUCAUCGUCAGCCAUACGCAGCUGAUAGCUCAUGCAUACGCUGCGAAGUUGUACCGAACGGAAUUUCAAUCCGAGCAAAAGGGCACAAUCGGAAUCACCCUGUCCGGCAACUGGUCAGAAGCCUGGGAUGAGGAUGACCCACGCGACCAGGAAGCUGCCGAGAGAGCCCGGGAGUUUGAGAUCGCCUGGUUUGCGGAUCCUCUGUACACGACUGGCGAUUACCCUGCCUCUAUGAGGGCCCAGCUCGGUGAUCGUUUACCACACUUCACGCCCGAGGAAUCGAAGCUAGUGCUAGGCAGCUCUGAGUUCUAUGGUAUGAACUCCUACACAACCUUCUUCAUGCAGCAUAAGGAUACUCCUGCCGAUAUCAAUGACCACAAAGGCAAUGUUUUCAUCCACGACACGAACAGUAAGGGCGUCCCCCGAGGAGAGGAGUCUGACACGCCUUGGCUGCGCAUGGCACCAGCUGGGUUCCGUAAGCUGCUCAACUGGAUCUGGUCAAGGUACCACAUACCCAUUUAUGUCACUGAGAAUGGCACUACUGCAAAGGGUGAGACAGCGCCAACAUCGGAAGUGCUCAAUGACACCUUCCGCCAGCGAUUUUUCGAGGGGUAUGUUGGUGGUCUGGCACGAGCUGUCAAGGAAGAUGGCGUGGAUGUUCGCUCAUACUUUGCCUGGACAUUUACCGACAACUGGGAAUGGGCCGCUGGUUACACUGAUCGAUUUGGAUGCACUUUUAUCGACUAUGAUUCUCCUGAGAAGACUCGCUACCCGAAGCAAUCGGCAUAUUAUCUGAAGGCACUGUUUGAGCAUUUGAUUGCUGCAUGA